AUGGCCCUUUGGUGGAGCUUGCCACUCCUUUUCGCAGAAGCAACGUUGGGGCCUGGGAUGAAUCCAUUGCCAAAAAUUGCAAAGGAUGGUGAGCAACACUUCAGCCAGAUGGCCGCUGCAAAUGAGAACUCUGUUGUGGAUAUGUCAGCCAUCGGCCAGAGGAACCCUUUGCAGUUUGAGUUUUUGACCGAUUUUUGGUGUGCCUAUGAGCUGAGUGACCGGAAGCGAACAAUGGCUCUUCUCGUCGAUGAUAUGCAGGUUGAGUACCAUGACUACGUGCAGGGGAUUGUGCCACCAAUCAUGCAGCUCGUGGAGGGGUUUCGAAAGGCGAAACUUCCAAUUUUUUGGAGCACCUGGUGGCGAUGGGGUCCAGAUGAUGGUUUCUUCAAUUCCAUGGAUCGAUUUUAUGGGCCUAUUGGGUGGAACACUUCAUUGAAUGCGUUGUACAAUCACAAGCCAAAUGGUGGUGAUGUGCUUCCCGAAGUCGCUCCGAAGACACCAGAGGAAAGGAAACGUGUGAUGCACAAGAGCUAUUCUCUGGAUAUGUUUGACGAGUCGCCGAUGGAAUGGCUAGUGCCUGAUGGCCAAGGCACGCUACACACGGAGCUGCAGAAGCUUGGGGUUGACACUGUGGUCCAGGUAGGAGCCUGGACCGAUGAUUGCAUCAUAUCCACCGCCUUCCAUGCCUUCAGCCUGCAAUAUGAUGUCGUUUUGAUCGAGGAUGGCGUCUCCACUGCCAGCAAGAACCACUUCAAUGCUAUCCAGGUGAUGCGUGGUGCAGCUGCUAAGGUGGUUUUCGCCCGAGAGGUGGUUCAGUACCUCAACGAUGGGCAGCCUGUAAAGCAACCAGCGCCCAAGACAAAGCUUGCAGGGUCGCGCCAGAGACUUGCGCUCAUUGAGGAGAGAUCCAGUGAAUCUAGUGACUUGCGCAAGGCCAAGAAUGGACAUGAACAAAGCGCACAACUCAGUGCUGUGGAAUCAGCUGGGCAACAAAGAUUUGCAGAUCAACUUGUUCUGGUCCUGAUCGCAAGCAUUGGCCCAGCCUCAUUUGCAGCAGGGUGGGUGUUGCGCGGGAGCUUCCAUCAAUUUGCUAUCCGUGACGCGCAAGCCAAAGAAGCACUUCGGCACUUGAAGCAAAAAGCUACAGAGGCAGAACCUGUCCCAGCUGUGCCUGAAGAAAUGCCUGGUGAGCUUCCAGCCGAGGAUGGUUCUGAGCAACCCCUGAUGGAGGACAAGGUUACAGUACUGAUGCCCUCCGAGAAGGUGCCGCCAUGUGAGUUGCCACUUUGGUGCGUCAUGCCAAACCCGCGUGAUGUGGAGAGCCUGGCGGGUCGGUCGUGGGCUUUGCUGGGACGAAGGCCAACUUCUUUAGCAAGUGCUGUUGGUGACAUCGUGGGACGACCAGGCUGCACGAAGCGCAGGCGGCAGAGGCAAGAAGAGCUGGUGUACCGGAGUCAGAUGCUGAGUCAUGAGGUACGAAUUGAUUUGUUGGAUGGAGUUUGCCAGUUUUCAUGGGCACCAAUCGUGUUGCUGUUCACUUUGGAUUGGCAACACCACUCCCUGCAUGUUCUUUGGAUAAGGUCGAAAGCACACGCUUUGGUCUUGCAGAACUGGACUGGAAAGAUCUUCCUCCAGGAUCUUGGCUCAGCGCAUGGCACCUUUCUGGGUGGUGUGCGACUGAAACCGCAUGAGCAACUUGGCUCCAGGCCCUGCGAAUGGAGACCUGGUGUGCAGGUAUGUUUUGCAGAUUCCCAGCUGGAGUUCUUUGAACUACGAGUCGCCGAAAAGUCCCUGGGCUUGAGUUCACGACUCCCACGAAGCAACGGCAACAGCUUAGAAAACGCUGAAGACCUCGACAUUGAAGAACUUGCACUGGAAGGGUUGAAGCUUCUGAGAUCAAGUCCUGCCUAUGCAGUCGCUCGGUCACUGGAACUUUGGCGACAGCAGGAGGAAGAACGUGCAGUGGUUCGUUUACAGGAAAAAGAGCGAGAGAUGAGAGAACGUUUGGAGGAGGAGUACCGACAACGUGAGUUGCAACGAGCUCAAAGCUUUCGACAUCAACAGGCCGAGCUGAGAGACUUGGAACAACGUGCCAAACGAAAGUUGCUGGAGAUGCAGCAGCGCGAGGCCUCGGUGAAGUCGGAAAUGGCCAAGACCAAAAGUCUCAGCGAAGAAGCGCGGAGGUCUGCUGACCUGGCCAUCCAGAGCUGUGAGGACUCCAUGCGUCGCCAAAAGGCUGAAGCAAAACAGUCGCAUGAUUUCGAAAUGAUGCGUCAAACUCAACUUGAAAACCGGAUCAAAGAGUUGGAGGCUGAAAUUUCCGAGACUCGAGUUCGGUGUUCUGAGCUGCAAUCCACCUUGGCAAAACAAGCCGUUGAAGAGGUAGAGUUGCAAGAGAAACGCUUUGCAUCAGCCUCAAACCUAGUUCAGGAAGAACUUCAAAAAUUGCAGCUGCAGAUGUGUGAGGAAAGGGUAAAGUGCGAGACUUUGGCUGCUUCGAGAGAUCAUUUCCGACGGAAGGUGGAAGAACUUUGCCGAAAAUUGUUGGAAAAGGAGGAGCAGAUUCAAAAGUCUGAGGUGCAAUGUUUCAAGCAAACCGGCGCCUCAAAGGACGCGGCACCUUCAGGAAAUUCUGUCGAUCGCCAAAGCGAUGGGCACUGCAACGCUGCGUCAAAUGCGUCACAGCACUUUACCCUUGACUGGCUGCAGAAGCAGAAGGGCGAAUUACUUGCGACUGGACUCUACACAGAAGAUGCCGUGAUUCGUGCACUGAAUGCUCAAAUUGCAGAGCAGGCGCAUUAA